ACUAGCUCGUAGUUUUUGCUUUUUUUCCCAUCAAAGACGAGACUUGAAAUGAAGGUUGCAUAAGCUAAUCAUCGUAGUCUGUUACAGAUGUGCCUGUUUUAGGACACCGAUGUUCCCCUUCUAAACCCACGUUUUUUAUAUAGUGUCGGAAGGUGUUUUUUUUUUUCUUUUCAACCAAAGACAACAAUGUCAAGUUCAGGCAUCGACUCAGACACACCACUGAGUGUAAAGCAGAGAAAAUGAUAAAGCCAGUCUCUGUUUAACUCGAGGCCAGGGGAUCCACUACAAUGUAAUGCGCUACUAGACUGCAGUGCGUGGUUCUUGUAAUUCAAACUAAACCCGACCAACUUCGUGUUUAUGUUUAUCAGUCCAGAGUUUACAGUAAAUAUAGAUUGUGUCCGUGUUCACACUGGAAUCAUCUAGGUUUUCUUAGCUUGGUUAGCAUGCCGAUUUUGCUGCAGUACUGCUGUGCUGGACCUGUAGAGGUUGCAUGUAUUCAUGGUCUAAAUGUAUUAUUUUUCCCAUGCCAGGUUCUGCAUUCAGUGAUAAAGUCAACAAUGAGGGGACUUUGCAUGACAGGUGUCUGGAGGGAAGUGUCCCGAGGCAGUAGUUUACAUCUGUACUCUACAAAACUAAAUGAAACUCUUUGCAAAUUGCAUUGUGAAGUACAGUACAGGCGAACGACUCCUAAUAGCUAAGUGACUCCUGUAAUCAGGGAUGGAAAUAAGGCUCCUAUUGUAUAGCAGUUGUUUCACCCAUUACAGAUUUUACUACCAACUUGAUUUGUCACAGUGCAUAGGUACUGUAACAAGCUCAGGUGAGUCUUAUUAAACUCACAGUAAAACCAGGAAUGGAUGAAACUGCAGUGCAGAUUUGGGGGGUGUAAACAAACCAGAUUGCCAACCAUGUCUGCUUUGUGAUAAAGUGCACGCAGCAGAAAGCUACUACACUCAUAAUAAGUGACAUUAUUAAAAUUGUUUUCGGUAAACAAAGGGGCUAGAUAAAGAGCACGGUUAGGUAGGGUUGGUUCACUUUUCGAGACCACACAUGGAAAUGUACUGUGGUAAGAUGCCUGGGUACUGGAUUUUUCAGUGUAAAAUGUCCUUUUUGUCGCCAGCGUUUUCAGACGACCUUCUCUGUCUGUUUCCUCAUUGUGAUGGAACCUGUUUGGACACACCUGCAUUGUGAAAGUUGUGUUCGUCAUUCCACAGGCUCUGAAAUAUAUUGGCAGACCUUUGUUACUCUGGCCUGUGUGUGUGCGUCACAUUGCAGUUCUAGUUAUUUAUAGAGAGCCAUCGAUCCAGUUGUAAUGGAACCUGGUUCCAAUAGCACAAGCUAUUCAGGGUGUUUAGGUAACUGUGACCUUUAGAACUAAGUUUUCUAAAACAAUUUUUUUCCAAUAAGAAGCACUCAGAAGGGGACAGUAAAUAAUGUUAAAGUUGUCCUCAACAUGUGGACUAAAAUAUAAAUUAUAAAAUGACUUUCCAUAGCAGCAGCUCUGGCUGUGCAAAAAAAAUCAGGCCUGGAAAUAAGACUCUUACUGCAUAGCAGUUUCACCCAUUCCAGGUUUUAAUAUGUACUUGAUUAGCCACAGUGUAUCUAUAACAAGCUCUGGCGUGUCUUAUUAAACUCCAAGUUAAAACAGGAAUGGAUCAAAUGGCUAUGCAAUGGGAGUCCUAUUCCCAUCUCUGAAACUGAUUCUAAACAGUAGUCUACUGUAGAGUAUGGUAAGCAACGUUGUGAUGUCUGCCAGCACUGUUAUCUUUGCUUAAACAAAGCCUGACGUUUGAAUGGUUGAUGACCAUGUGUCGCUCUUCCACACAGAUGGGUUUGAGCUUGUUGGUACAGUAUCUUCAUGUUGCGGUCUGAUAAGCUUGCUCUCCUAUCUUGUGUGAGCCUGCACUCCAGGGGUGGGCUUUAGUGGCAGGCCUGUGUGUGAAAUUAAAUUAGUAUUGCUCUCGAGCUUGUAAAAGUCUUAACCCAGUAACAGACGGAACAGUGUUUACAAGCACAUUAAAAAGAAAUGAACACAAUCCUUACAGUACAGCUUUAUGUUGAGCAAGCACAGUACGGUGAAGCAGAAUUAUAUCUAUUUAACCACGGCAACUGACUGUAGCCGAAGAAUGAUGUCGGUCUGUUUUUUAAUUUCGUUUUCAUUCCAUUCAGAUUGGCCUGUAGGGGAGUCCUGUUUUAAGAUAGUUAGGGGACAGAUUGGUUUGGGUGUGUUGCCUUGUCUAUACUGUGUUCCAGAAAGGGAAGUUUGUAUUCUUUGUAGAUUAGUUGUCAGUUUUGCAAUCAGGAGACUUGAGCAACAAAAAGCCAGAUCAUCUCUUCAUAGUCACAGAAAUCCAAACAGACCUCUGCCCUGUACGGUGUGAAGAAGCGAGGGAAUGGGUCUAGUCGUACUGCACCACAUACUGUACUGUGUGAACCCUGAGCCCAACCAUUGACCUAUCAACCCCAAAACUGAGAGGUGCUAGACGGGUUAAGACCACAACACUAUAUGUCACAUACUGAACCGUCUGCCCAUAUGCCAGAUUUUCUGUAUUAUUCAAUGAAUGUCUCGCACUAAGCUGUGCAUUCUCUAAGCAGACUGGUAAGUUUACAUUCCCAACAGGUACUGUAGCUUUAACUGUACGGGAAACAAGCACCCACCCAUUCAGCCAAAGAUGAAGCAAUAUUCUGUAUAUAUACAGCACUGCAUCUCUUUAAGUGCCACGUUCUCCACCUGUGCCCUCAACCUCUGCCUCCUGCAGCUCUGCUUAGUUUAAAGCUCUAACACCAUGAUGGGAUUAUUAAGAGCCAGUUCACUUUUACAAAGCUUCACUCCAGCCGCAGGGCUCCUGCCAGCUGAGUUUGGUCCAGGCGUUACCCAGCGAGGGCAGUCAUUGUUUGUACUUGCGAUUGUUUCCUUUCUGAAGGGAUAAUUCAUCAAAACCAGCCCAUCUCUUUGUCCAAAAACAGAUAUUUCUUUCACUGCACGAUUGCUCUAUUUGAUUCAGCAGGGAGUCGUCGCAACCUUCUCCAGUAUGCUUGAUAUUUGGAGUCUCCACAAUGGGGUAGCCCACAUCAUCCGAAAUUCUAAGGGCUAUACAAGUAACCUUAGUGGAGCUUAGCAGAGCUUGGGCUGCUUUCUUGUCUACUGUCUUCAUUUUUGUUAUUAAUAAUUAGUCGUGUGUCUCUUAUAACAGAAAUUAACGCCUAAACAGUCAGAGACACCCUAUACGUAACAUAUUAACUUCUAGUAUUAAGGAUAGUAGCUCAUAUAGCAUACAGCCCUAAUUUCCCAUCAGUACUGGAAGAACAUUAAUUUGAAGGUUAGUCUAUGCAUAAUUAUACGGUAUCAUAUUGUGAUUAUAUCUUGAUUAUAUCCUGAUCUUUCCAGCUGUGAUCUGCAGGGCAUUCCUGUUGGUAUGUAAAGGAUGUGCCUUCAUUAGCUGCAAUGCUUUGUGUUUUGCUUGCUGAUGUAGUUUCUUCUCUCCUGCGGUUAUCCAGUCAUGAUUUAUUUAUUUAUUUUUAAUCAUCAGAGACCAGUGAUAAUUUAACAUCAGUGGGAGAUAAUUCAAAAGCCUUCAAGCGAACGGUGACAAAGCGAACAGAUGAUUCUGUUCUGUUUAAGCAUCAGUCCUGUAUGGUACCGUUUGAUCUCCCAGUACAGUAUGCAUUGCUCCCUCAUUGUAAUGUGCAGUAGUGUGGAGUCACAGUAGUUAAUUGACUGCUCUGUAUGGAGAAGAAUAUGCAACUAUUUGUCCCAGUACUAAUUUGAAUAGUAAUAAUAUAUCUACAUCACAUAAUUCACAUUGAUACAGUAUUUGUAACUCUACGACAUAUGGAAGCAAUACAGGGAAGUCAAUAAGACUGCAUAGCCGUUUCACCCUUUCCAGUUUGCCACUGUGAACAAUCAGCUACAGCACAUUAAGUGAUACGAUAAUGCCGUGACAAUACAAGAUAUGCACCAUCUAAUGGUGGUUGUGUGUCAUGACCGGUGUGCUGUAGUCACUGUGAGUCACAGAGCAUUUCCUGGAGGCUGAGGUUUUUCAAGAGGUCCAAGAUGGGCGUCGUGGAACCUUGGUAUCUUCAUCUGCAUUCGCUGUGCUGGGAUCCAUCGGAACCUGGGAGUUCACAUCUCCAGAGUCAAGUCUGUCAAUCUGGACCAAUGGACGCAAGAACAGAUACAGUGCAUCCAGGAAAUGGGCAACGCCAAAGCGAAGCGGCUUUACGAGGGUUACAUCCCACAGAACUUCCGAUGGCCGCAGGCAGACCAAUCUGUGGAGGUUUUCAUACGGGACAAGUAUGAAAAAAAGAAAUACAUGGAUAAGAGUAUCGACAUCGCUGCCUUCAGGAGAGAAAAGGACGAGGCUUGGAAGAAAGGCAGCGAGCCUGUCAAAGAGAAGAAGAUGGAGCCAAUUAUUUUCGAGAAAGUGAAACUGAAGAGAGACGAAUCCCAGCAGUUUAAGACCAGCCCGACCAAAGCAGCAGAACCCGUCAUUGAUCUCUUGGGCAUGGAUGCCCCUGCUUCUGGCAGUCACAUUCCCAAGGGAAAGUCGAGCACUGAACUGAGCAAUAACUUGGACUUCUUUGGAUCCAUGGCAGCUCCCUGCUUGGACAGCAGCAGGUCAUCGCCCGCAAGUUCCAUGCCUUCCAGGAGCAACGCCAGCUCCGUGGCUGAAAACCUCCACCUGUUCUCUGAGCAGGGGGCUAAACCAGAGGAUUCUGGGAAGAAACAGCUGUCAAAGGACUCCAUCCUGUCGCUGUAUGGCUCCCAGACUGCGCAGAUGCAGCAGAUACAACAGAUCCCAGCUCAAGGUGGCAUGUACAUGGCCCCGGCUCAGUUGGGCUACCAUGCGGGAUACCCUCAGUACCCCGCCCUGCCCACGGCGGCCACCAUGAUUGGGGGGAUGAUGGCACCGCCGGUGGGCAUGAUGGGGCAGCCGGCCGCUCCGGGCAUGGUGGCACAGAUGGGGAUGCCAGGAGGCGGGUUCAUGGGCGGCAUGCAGGCUGCCGUCAUGGGCGUCCCCAGCGGCAUGAUGGGACAGCAGCACGCUAUGGUGGGAGGACUGGCGGCCGUUCCACAGCCUGUCUACGGGGUGCAGCAGGCACAGCAGCUCCAGUGGAACAUCACGCAGAUGACACAGCAUAUGGCGGGGGUUAACUUUUACGGCGCCAACGGGAUGAUGGGAUACGGGCAAUACGGGCAGCCCAUGGGCGGAGGGACAGCGCAGGGGAGCAGCCAGUCUCUCGGCACGCACGUGUGGAAAUGAUGAACACACAAGACCCCGCCCGCGACAGAAGAGAGAGAGAGAGGGAGGGGUGCAAAUCUUUAUUACUUACGCUUCGUCAGAUUAUCCGGGGAGGGGAGCGGAAAGGGAGGGGGGUGGGAGGUGCAGCUCAGCCACUUUUUCAUACAACAGAAUCCAUUCUUGCCUUUCGAGAUCGUGUCGAUCCACAGUGAGAACCUCUUUAAGAAGAACCUCUUUAAGAGGAACUGGAGCCUGCCAAGCCCACACACCCCAACAUGCCGGAAAAUAUGAUGCUUUUUAUAGUGGAAGUAUCACAAGCUCAGACCACUAAAUCAAACGGACAUUAGAGUGGAGUCAUUAUGGUUUGUUUUAUUUAGAAUAGUUGAAAUCCGCUUUGCUUUCAGUAGGAUGCGAUUACAUAUCAAGGGCAGGGUAUAGCUAAUACAGCACUUCUUAAUUGUGUUGGCUCCAAAGUACAGAUUGUUCUAAUUGUAUUUUAUUUUUAUUGCUUAAGUGGGUUUUUUUAAAACUUUUUUUCAUCUGCCAGUAGAACAACUAUGUUGUUAAAAGUAAAAAUGUACAUUGAAUAUAGUAUUGCAGUAUGGUUUUGGGAGACAAAUUAAUAAAGAGUUACUAAUGUAGGAAAUAUAAUUAGCAGCAGUAGCUGUAACAUAAUAUUUGAUAUUGUUAACUUAUAUAAAAAACAACAUCUUGCUUUAGGUUUAGGUCUAGUUAGUGUUCACUGGCAUGCACUGCCCAGGAAUGGGAAUAAGACGCAUUUGCAUGGCAGUUUCAGUCUUUACUGCGAGUUUAGACGCACAUGAACUUCAUCAUUCAGUACUUUAGAAGUUACAAGCUCUCAUAUGUCAAAUUAAAAAAAAAAAGAUGUAUAUAAUAAUAACAAUAAUAAUAGGAAACCAAAGACUUUCAGGAGCCUUAUAAAUACAACAAAUGUAUGGGGCUCCUUUGAUGAAAAGGCACUGCUACGAAGGAUCACUGUGUUCGAAUUUCUCGUAAAUUGCUUCGCUCUGAUAAUCUUUUAGUUGAUCUGUUGGUACUGCCCAAUGCGGUACUGGGAUUCUAGAGUAAAGUUAUGUAACUCCAUUCCUGCAGGUUUAAUUGGUUCGAUGUUUUGGAACAAAGACCUGGACUAGAAUGUUGCCUAUCCUUGUUCUAGAGUUUUAGGCAGUUAUCAACACAAAUCAGUAUUUUGCAUAUUGCGCUCUCUAAUCUAAAAUAUAAUAUGAAGCGCCUUUAGUCACAAUAGGUGUCCUGUCGUAUUUGUAGUAUUAGCAAAUAAUUAUAUCAUAGACUUGUAGCUUAGCCUUGCAGGCACCUCCAGUCUGAUUGUACACAAAAAAAUAGGUUCUUCUUAAUGAGGUCUUUUAUCAUCUCAACCAAAGUCAUUCUCAGACCCAUCGUUUCAAGAAAAAAAUUCCAGGUCACAAAAAAAAAAAGUUUGAAUAUGACAUUUUUGCACUUCAGUGUGUGAUUUUAGUAUUUGCUUGAUUGUAGUUUUUUUUAUAACUGUGCUGUGCAAGGCAUUAAAUAACAGCUAAACGGAUGCUCAAAUGGAAUACUGAUUCUUUCUUCUCUAGUCCUGCUGGUUUCAUGUCUGUGAGGUAUAAGUCUCAGCACUGUUUAGUGGUGAAUAAACCCCAUGUAACUAUACUCUUGCAGUAUGUCUUGGUACUGUGUCUGGAUAGCUUACAAACUGCUUGAUCUAGCUGUUGAUAAAUGUGUAUAGAAGCUGAGAGGUUGCAGAACAGUGUUCUUUUAAAGCUUUUUCACAGACUGGAGCAGCUCUAUCCAGGCAGUUCAGAUGCUGUACCGGAGGGAAUAAGAAGGCAAAUUGAGUGGUAGGGCCUAGAUACCAAGAAUAUACCGUCCUCCUAAGAAUACAGACUGUGCGAGCUUGGGAUACUAAAUACAUGGGUUUUUUUUUUUUUUUUUUUUACUUUGUCCUUGAAACGUGCACGGCCACUCACUCGCACACACUCACACUGACACACACACGCACUCACUCACACGGACACACGUACGUACGCACUCACUUACUGAUACACUCACACUGACACGCACACACACACACUCACACACACUAUUUACCCUCCUGUGAUUCUGAGCCAGAGAGACAUCCUGUGACCUCUUUUCUCCUUUCUCUUGAUCGAGCGUUGUUUAGGAGGGAUCACAUUUAAACCUCAGACGAAGGCGUUCAGGUUAUGUGUAACAGCUGGUGCUGUUCCAAUCUGUAUACUUACCCAUUGGGGAAGGAUUUUAACUUUGCAGGUUCAGUUCCAUGCUUUUGCUAUGAAUGUGUAUGUGUACAAUAUAACUUUUUUUUUUCUAAAGCUAAAAGCUAAGCUUAGAUGUGAGUUUGUUCUCUCCUUGCUCAUUUUCAUAAAUAACAUGCUAUGACUUCACCUGCUGGAUAGGUGCAUGUACUGUGGAUUGCUGGGACCUAAAGAAUACAGGACUGUUUUUAUAAAGGUUUUUUUUUCCUUUUUUCAGUAUACAUUUUGCUCUGAUUUUACUAUUAGGAAAACACAAAACUGUUAACAAAAACUAGUAAGAAAGAACUUAAGUGCACUUAAGAUCCCUUAAAACACCCUCUAGAGCUCGUUUCUAGCUUUGUAACAUUAACCAGGUGGUGUUCUCCUUUUAGAAACUGAGCAAAAUGCUUCACAAAUCUGACCCAUUACGGGAGAGCUGAGAGGGGAACGAAACAAGAAUGUUUUCCAAAUCCAGCCGGCACAUUUUUAUUAGCUGUAAAAGUGCAGUUUAAAAAGUUGUUGUUUUUUUUUUCAAACUUUGUUUAGUGCUUGUGAAUUUCUUGCCGAACGUACCACAGUAAACCUCCUGUAUAUAAACGAUGCAAAGAGUUGUGGGCCAGGGUUAACGUCAUCGGUUUUUAAAGCCGGUGUUUGACCAAGUUAAAAUGGGAAAUUGAAAACUGUAUCAAGCAUUGCAUGUUGAGAAAUGUGUAAAUAUUAUUAUUUUGAAAAAAAAAAAAAAAAACAGCCAGUGGAAUGUAUAAAGGAAUAUAUAAUUGAAGAGCAAGAGGCAAUAGACACACUCUUAAUAUAGACCACAUUCAAGCAAUGUUACAGCGUUGCCAUAAAAAAUAAAUGUGAGUGGAUCAUUGAUAUCGGUCUGACUGCAAGCACCUAUAUGUCUUCAAAUUUCAUUACAAUACAUUCAAUUUGCCAGACCCGCAUCACCAGAAAAUAAUAUUGGAUUUGUUUCAUUAAUUUGUGUCUCUCCUUGGCAUUAGGCAUGAUUUUUCAGAAUGUUCAGUAGUGUGCUAAGUUAUUAGAACGCCUCAAGAUUUGUCAUUUAUAUCCUUUAUCUACCUAGCUACAUGAAAACCUCAGGAAGUGAGCAUUUCAAUUUUCAGUCAGUAACCGGUGACAUAGAAACUAUAGGCACUCGUGUGAAAAUGUUAGACCACUUUGUGCUUUAAUUAGGCAUCUUAAACAACUUCUGAAAAGUCUCCUGCAUUUUACCAUUUGUGACUAAGUGUUCCAGGAUUUUCAGUUGCAGCGGUUUGAUUUCAGUACAUUUGCACACUGCUGUAUUCCUAUAAAGAGACUCGUGUGGCUUGAAGGAUGCUGGUUUUCGUAACCACGGCAUCCUGGUUUAUUUUAAACAGCAGUUAUUCUUGUUUUUCAUUCUUACUCUAUAACUUUUAAAAUAUAACUUGUUCUGUUUACCAAAAUACAUAUAUUUUUAACUAUCUUCUAUAAUGUUACUGUACAUUGCUGUAUAAUUUAUUUGUGGAUAAGUUUCAGUGUAUACCUGUUUGUUGCUUUCAAUCUCAUUGUCUUUUAAUGUGCAAUGUAAUGUAUGAUGAGAUGUUAUUGAAAAGGCUUACAGGUGUGGUAAAUCUGCAAAUAAAAGAUUGUUUUAUGGAA